GUAACAAUAGCUGAGAGAGCUAAAGGAUCUCGCAUGCUGCUAUCACAUCAGAGUGGAAUAGAGGUCUUCAUGCACACCGCUGUUUCUACUGUCAUGGUUUUGCCUUCUCGUGCACUACCUGUCGUUUCUGCAUCUGAGAGAGUUGCCUGGGGUCUCAGCACUCUGACACUGUGGAUUGUGUGUCUACCUCUAAGGACACAAUCGUUGAAACAAUCGAUGGCCCUGAGCCUGUGAAUGGGAGCCUAAAGCAAGCAGAGUAAAGGUUCACACACACACAGUUGAUGAAAAUGGGGGCUGUGGUCCCAUUGAUCAUCUCUGAUAGACUGCAGCUCUUUCUGUGGCAAUGCCAGAUGUGAAAGCUCUACCAUGUGAGUACUCCCCAGCAGGCUCUCCUGCAGGCUGCAGCAUGGACUUGUCCAUGGACCUGUCCGCCCUCAACUCCCCACCCUUCCCUGCCCAGGACAGCACGCCGGGCCACUGUCCUUUGGGUUACAACAACAACAAUGGCCUGCUCAGCAACCUUGGACUCUACUGCUCCACCAGCAGUAUGCAUCCCCUUAAACAGCCUGACACUCAGUCUGGAUACAGAACAAUGAGUUUUCCACAGGGCUGUGUAAACGCAAGCAGCACCCGGCUUUACCGCAGCCUGGAAAACCUGCACUGGGCCGCAGUGUCUGACCCCAGCGCCUAUCCUUAUAGGAGUGUGGACAGUGAGUUUAUUCUUCACUGUGCUUCAAGUAGUCAUUGGUAUGGUGGAUCUCCUCAGGGGUCACAGGACUAUGGCGUAAUGCCAUCCCCUGAAAGUAUGGCAUACUACAGUCGGCGAGGAGUAGUUCGAAAGGAAAUACCUCUUUUCCCUCAGUGGCUCUUACCUGCAGUUGAGGACUGGGGAAUGAAUGGAAAUGGGCGAAAGGGCCUUAGAGACAAACUUCGGCUCCAGAGCACACGUGCGACGGAGCCUCUCAAGCCCUUGAGACCUCAACCUGUGCUUGGUAAUGCACCAACUCCAAUGUAUCCAUGCGAUCAGGAAGUAGCAGUUCGCCUGGGACCACCAUCCUCCUUGGUACAAAAAAGUGGACCGCAAGAGCUUUGUGUUCGUCGCAUCACUAGUCCAGAUGAGAUCAAACAAGAGGCUCUGCGACGAUUGCAGCUUCGGAGGCAGAGAAGCACCCCUAACUUGGCACUGAACUCUAGACAGGAGUCUAGCAGCAUCAGUAAAGCUCACACCUCCGAGCCCAUCUGCUUUAACUCUGCCCAGUCAACCCCUGAGAGGAAAAGACCUCCCAUGGGCCGCCUGCACAUUCCUACAUUUGAGGAGUUUAAGAGAAUGAGACAGAGGGAGAAAAGUCUGAAUUUGAGUCCCUCGAAAUCUCUAUCUUGUGGGGAAAUGGAGAGUAAUAACACGUAUAACGAGUUUACUGGAGAGCAGAGAGUGCAUACAGAGCAAAUGCCAAGUGUAGAAAGGACUGAUACCAACGUCAGCCUAAAUAACAGCACUGCUGAGAAUUCAAACUUUCCUUGUGAACACAGCACAUCAGAUAUGUCUGAGCCCGCUCCCAAAGCAGAAGUCCUUUGUGGACCCAUCCGCACAGGCCCUGUGGCCCGCUAUCCAUUAAACCCUCAAGCUGCUACAGGAAAAGAGGAGACAAAGGGCCCAGCAGGCCCAGGGGCCGCAGAUGCAGUUGCUCUUCUCUUACCGUUCCGCAGGGAGAUUGGAGACAGACCUUCCAGCUGCUGCCCUGCAAUCCUUCUUGACAGCGCAGACCUGUCCAGCUAUGGAGCCAAAAUCUACAAAAUGAGGGAUGGCUUCCUGGGCUCCGCCCUGGACCUCAUUAAAAAAAGCUGCAGUGCAGAGAUUGCAGCCGAGACUCCCGUCCGACUGUCGCGUGUGCGGAAUGACAUCACUGACAUCACCACUCCCCAGCCUAGCCAUCAAUCUGCACACGUUGCCAUGACAACGUCGGCCUGCGGAGAGGAGGCUUGCAACGAGCCCACAGAACAAGGGGGAAAACCGGCAACAGAAUGCCAAGUUUCUGGAGCAUGCUGCAGACGCUCCAGCUCAGACGCCGCUUAUGAGCCGGCCGAGUCUGCGAGGGCCCAGCGUGAGUGCCGUCUGAGGCCCCACUACAGCGACCCCAUGCCCGCAGAUGCUGCCAAGCGUAAGCAGCUGGAGAUGAAGAUUGCGGCAGCGGCACGUUUGCACAUUCACCGCAGAGAGAGGGACAGUGUGCCAAGCACAACCAGGGGCCGCUCAGAGCCAAGAGGAGAGGAGAGAAGCAGGGGCCUGGGUAUGACCCGGACAGCCCAUCACCGCUGGAGUACAGUCAGCAGCUUGAGUGCAGACAGUGGUGUGGUAGGGUUGAGCGAUGAGCGCGAAGAAGAGGAAGAGUCCCGGCGUGCCUCUCACAGCACUGGAGCUGAGGUAGAACGUGUGGACAGUGGCAUCGGCCCCGGUUUGUCUCAGGACUGGAGGAGACCCUUACCGUCUCUCAGGACCUGGGAGGUUCAGCAGCCCUGCCCAGACUGUGGCCACAAAGAGGGGGCUCGCGGGGAAGGCAUGUGCGAACGCUGCUCCAAGCUCCGCACUGAGCGCAAGGAGGCCAUCCUGGAGUUUCUCAACACAGAGUCGAGUUAUGGAGAGGACCUGCGCAUUAUCAAGGAAGAAUUCUACUGCCCCAUGCAGAAUGCAGGGCUGCUUACAGCCGAGCAGCUGGCUGUGGUCUUCAGCAACGUUCAAGAGCUCAUUGAUGUGAAUGACAAGUUCACUGAGCACCUGCAGGACAGUAUUGAUCAGGCUUUUGAUCAGGGUGAUGAAGACCUGCAGACUGUGUGCAUUGGAGAAAUCUUCUUGGAGUUUGUCAACAUGCUUCCAGCCUUUCAAACCUACUGCCUGCAGCAGUCCACAUCUGUUAACAUGCUUAACACUCUUGAGAAAGAAAAGGAGCUUCUUAGGAUAUUUCUUGACGUGUCCCAGAAUGACAACAUGGCACUCAGACGCAUGAAUCUACGGUCCUUCCUCAUGGCGCCACUUCAACGCGUGACCAAGUACCCACUGCUGCUGAGUCGUAUCAGCAAAGCCACUAAUGAGUGUCACCUGGACUACUCUCGUUUAAAGGAAGCCAAGAGCCGCGUGGAGUCCCAUUUAGAGCACAUCAACAUGAAGACCAAACAGGAAGGCACCACCACGUGGUCCUUGCGCUCUUUCCGACGUGACAGCCGCAAGAACCGUGAGGUGAUUAACAUUGAGAUGCGAGAGCUGUCGAUGAAAACUGUGGGCUGGACACGGGAGAGCACACGCUUCAUCAUGGAGGGGCCUCUACAACUGGCCCAGCCUACUGAUGGGCAGUGGCUUAAGAAGGGGAGCAAAUCCCUCAAAUUCCAAAAUGUUCAGAGCUUACUCAUGGUACGCACACUGCGAUCCGCAGAGGUGGUGACUUCAGCUGAUGGGGCUUUCAGAGGAGAGCAUUUGGAGAGCUCGGAGAUGCUGCAGGACAGUGUACUGGUGCUCAUCAAAGACAAGAGCAGUGGGAAAUUCACUGUGUUGCGCGAGCCGAUCCAUUUGGCUAACUGUGUGGUAUCCACUGACACCGACUGUGAUGAUACUUUCGAGGUGCUGGACAUCCAACGCGAGGCCUUCGUUUUCCGUGCCUCGGACAAACCCCGCACUCAGCAGUGGUUUCGCCAGGUCAAAAGAUAUGCUUGUGAUCUGGGAUCUUGGAGAAAAAGACGCAACGCGCUCCCUAAUAUCAUGAUUAACACAACCCAGAGCCGGUCUUGAGACUGACCCUUUAAAAACAUCUAAACCAAUCCCAGCAUAACUCUGAUGUAAAUAAUAAAUCAAUAUUUUGAUGACCAGAUGGUAUUUGUUUUAGGGUAUCAGAUCUAAUUAGGUUUCUCCACCAAUGAACUUUUAAAUCGCAAGGUUUUACUGUGAUUUAAAAGAUAAAUGGAAUAUUAAUAGGGGCACUUUGUAUACCUGGAAAGCAAAUAAUUUACAUUUGUCAAAAAAGGGAAAAAACAACGGUGAAGCAAAAAAGGAACGCCCUUUGGCGUAUCAAAAUGAGGACCUCACUAGGUGCCUCAAUGUUGCACUUGUAUAACACUGAUUGUACAACCAGUUUGCUACUGAGAAAAGGAAAAUGCUUAGAUGUUUUUUUAGUUGUGAAAUGGUUUCUGUGAUUGAAUGGACUUUCAUUUGAACUAAUUCACAAUACACAACAGUAUGAAAAAUUGUGUUUGGUGUGAAGACUGAGGUAGAGCUCGAAGUUUGUUUGUUUUCUGACCGUGGUAAUUCAUUUACCUCUUCCUCUGUCUUGUUAGAAACUAUUCCCAAAGCAGCAAUAAUCUUCAUUGUACUAUGUAGCGACAGUAAAGCUGUUUUUUUUUUCUUCCACAUUUAAAUGAGUAAACCAUAAACUAGAAUUUACCCCCCACCCCCACCAAUGAUUACACAGUUACUUUCCUUGGUAACAUUUGAGGGGGAGGUCAUAUGUGCCUUUUGUUUUUAUUUUAUAUUGAAUGGGUCAGUAGUAUUAUUCCGUUUUCCCUCUUCUAGCCCACAAAUCAGGCCUUACGUCUAUUGAAAAACUAUUCCUUCUCAGUAGCUGCUAUAUUCUUACUUUCCCACUGAUGUAAAAACCAUGCUUCAUAUGACAUCUUGCUAAAUGUUACAUGUUUUCGUUUGAUGCACUUUAAUAUUAAGGUCCUAAAACUGGAGUCAGGACAUUGUUCUGCAGUUUACAAAGCUUUACUCUUUGUUUUAAAGAUUGUUUGAGCUUUAAGAGAAAUAUGAACCAGUUGACUUCAGCAAUGGCGAUCAACCACAUUCACCCAGUAAAUACAACCUCAUUGUAUGUUUCAAAUUGACACAGAUGACACUUUUUGGAUUUAGGUUUCAACAAGAAAAGUUAUUGUUUUUCCAAUGGCAUCGAAACUGUUACAAACAUCUUAGCUUCCACAUUACCCAACAGAAAGAGGAAUUUUACCUGCCAGUGAACUUUGUCUGAAAUAAUACUUAGACCAAUCAAGCUGUUAAAUACUUUUUCUGUUCUUCUAAAUCCUAAUUUCAUAUUUUUGUGGUGUAAAAUAUUGUGAAUUACAAUUAAAAAUGACAUUAU